AGAUGGUCUGGUGGGAUUAACGAGUGUUAUGGCAAGAUGGCCUCCCUUCCAUCUCCCACCCAGGUGGCGGGAGACCAGGCAGGAGUUUAUGAGGCCUUAUAUAAGAAGGUAGACCCUACUGGUUCAGGCAUCAUACAAGCUGGUCCCGCUGCAAAUUUCCUCAAGAAAUCUGGCUUAAAUGAUAACAUUCUUAGUAGAAUAUGGGACCUGAGUGAUCCUGGAGGUAAAGGUUAUUUAGAUAAAACUGGCCUAUUUGUAGCAUUAAAGAUGGUGGCAUUGGUUCAAAAUGGCAAAGAACCAAAUAUGGCCAAUAUCAACAUCCCAACUUCUCUUCCUAUUAUGGGUGAACCACCACCACAUCCACCCCCACCUACUAAACCCCCACAACCCCAACAAGCAUCUGUUGGGGGUGUGUGGACAAUAACUCCUGCAGACCGGGCGCGCUAUGACCAAAUAUUUAAUUCUUUGGGACCAGAGGCAAAUAAACUUCAUGGCAAUAAGGUUAGAAGUGUUAUGCUCAAUUCUAAGCUUCCCAUGGAAACGCUGGGCAAGAUUUGGGAUUUAUCAGAUAUGGAUAAAGAUGGUUCACUUGACCGAGUUGAGUUUUCCCUCGCAAUGCAUUUAAUAUACAAGGUUUUAGAAAACAAUCCAUUGCCACCGUCUGUACCACAAGAAAUGCUGUCCAGUGCACAACGGGCAGGUGUAGCUCAAGGCCCUGUACCAGCACCCCUUGCACCUCCCUCCCAAAUACUACCGCAGAAUUCCGCAAAACAGCAACCUAACAAGGACAACUUAACCUGUGAGGUUGAGGCCAUCUCGGAGACUUCUGCAGAAAAACCUUCAGGUCCUCCUCCAGCACCGUGGGUGAUUAGUGCAGCAGAGAAGGCCAGAUACGAUGUUAUGUUUCACAAUGCUGACCUUGAUAAGGAUGGCUAUGUGAGUGGACAGGAGAUUAAAGGGGUCUUUCUUCAGUCUGGCCUCCCACAGAUGGUUCUUGCACAUAUAUGGAAUUUGUGUGAUAUGAAGCAGACUGGAAAGUUAACUUCAGAGCAAUUUGCUCUGGCGAUGUGGUUCAUUCAGCAGAAGCUAGCGGGUACUGACCCACCAGCAGCCCUCACGCCAGAGAUGAUACCCCCCACAAUGAGACCCAAGCCCUCUGCAGAGUCAACUAUAGUGCCAUCUAAACCUCAGUAUAGUAAUCCUGAACUUCAACUUGUUGCUGAUGAGAUUGAAGAACUGAAUGCUGACAAGCUCAAAUUGGAGUCGGAGAUUCAGCAGAAGGAAGCAAGCAUUAGAGUUAAAAAUAAUGAGUUGAAAAACUUACAGACUGAACUAGAUACACUGAUGUCGACGUUACGGCAGUUAGAGCAUCAAAAAGGUGCAGCUCAACUGCGGCUAGAUGACCUUGGGAACCAGAAAAAGAUCCUAGAGGGAGAACGCAAUGACCUCCAAGCCAUGAUUGAGGCCGAGCAAGAAGAGGUAUCCAACCUACGAACUCAAGUAGAGGAACAGGAGACAAGUUUGAAAGCUCAAGAAGAGGAAGUAAUGUCUAAGAGGCAAGAGUUGACAGACCUCAAAAAUCAGGAGAACCAGCUAGAGGAGUGUGUGGCAUCCCUGAAAAAAAGGAUAGACGAGUUCAGUGUUACACAGCAAGAUACACAGCUUCACAUAUCACAGGUACGCAUAAAGAUUACAGAGUUGCAAGAACAGGAACGACACAUGUCUGAAGUUCUAUCAUCAUAUGAUUCUGCCAUUUCCUCUGGCGAUGCAUCGUCCCUGUCAGAGUCCUCCCUUAGAGAAAUCACUCCUACUUUCUCGGACCCUAGCUACCUCCACAUAGGUCCGUCUCCAACAGUCAGCCCGAAGGAAUCACCGAAAGAGCCUGAGCCACCUCAACAGAACGGUUUACUUGACCAGGAGCCUGUCAGUAAUCCUAAAGCCAAAGAUACCUCAUUCUCCGGGGCACAUGAUCCAUUUGCUGCAGCUUUUGGUGGACAGCAAAAUAAUGUGGAUGUAUUUGGUAAUUGGGAACAAAACCUGGCAGCAACUGAAAACAAUCCACCACCAGCUGUUGACCCAUUUGGGGGAGAUUCCUUUGCCACACAAGCAAAGGGUGCUAAUGAUUCAUUUGGGAGUGAACCGUUCAGCUCUGGGGGUGGUCCUCCACCAAGACCUGAAAGUCCUACUCCAGCUCUUCCACCAAAGAAAUCUAAACAGCCACCUCCAAGACCUGCACCUCCUAAGACUCGGCCAGCAAAGCCACCACCACCACAAAUAAAUUCCAAUAAUAAUCCCACUACUAACCCUACUACAAAAACUAAUACAAACACUAAUUCAAAUACUGUCUCUAAUGACCCCUUUGUUGGGGGUUGGGGAGACAAUAAAACUGCAAAUGCAGCAAAUAAUGGCGGCUUCGCAGAUUUUGCCAACUUUGCAGAUUUCGAUACAAAGCACUGAUCCCCAACUCACCCUCUUCUCAAUAGUGUUCCAAGGUAGUCGCCAGCCACUCUGCAUCACCUUGGGGAGAUGAUGACAAGUUUACAUCGACUGCCAAACAUGCAGUAUCAGGUGAUGAGGACCCUUUUGGUUCACCAUUCUCAACGACGAAAGACAAUUUUAGAAGUGGUGACAACUCUCCUUGGCCUCAAGAUGCCUUUGGAUCAUCAGGGUUUGGCUCUGAUGAAGGAUUUGGAGAUUCUACUGCAUUUUCCCAACAUGACCCAUUUAGUGGAUCUUCUGAACCUGCUGAUCCUUUUGGUGGGGAUUAUGACCCCUUUAAGGACCAGGGUUUUAAGGAUGCAGACAAAUUUUCAUGGGAAGAUGAACCAGACCCUUUUAAUGCAUUGCCUGACAGUUCUGGUGUAAGUGCUUCUGACAACACUCUUGAUAAUGCAGCAUUUAACAAGACUGAUCCUUUUGGUUUCAGUAUUAAUGAUGAUGAUACCAAUGCUAAUGUGUCCACAGAGUUUUCCAGGAAAGAUACACACACAUUUUCUGUUAGCAACAAAGAUCCUUUUGAUUCAAACCAGAAUAGCCGAUCAAAAUCUGUCAUUGGGGAUCCAUUUGCCUAUCAAACAAGAGAAACAAUUCCCACGCGAUCUAAAACAUCUCUUGGUAACCCACGAGAUGUUGACUUUGAUUUUGAUCCAUUUUCAUCAUCAAAAGUAACAAAAGCAGAGAAGAACAAGUGGAAGAGUAAUGAGGACCUAUUAAAUGAAAGUUUUAACCUAGGUGAUGGAUGGGGUAACAACAGUGGAACUCUUGCCAAUACAUCCAGUACCUUCUGUGAUAGCUUCAGCAACAAACAACUAAAUAAAGCCAUACACCAGCAACCGCAGCUGGUGACAGAAGAUGAACAACUGGCUUGGGCAGCUCAAGAGAGUAUAAAAAUGGAGGAGUUUCGGAAACGGCAGGAAGAACAAGAGCGUGUUGAACUUGAGUUAGCACUCUCACUCUCUCGUUCGUUAACCCAUUCUCCAGCCAAGCCUCACUCCUCACGAUCACCAUCAACAGGCCUCUAAGCAAGGGACAGGAAAGUCAGUUGUACAUAUGUCUAAAACUAUUAUAAUAAGAAAUUGUUAUGAUAUUAAUGUUGAAAUUUAGUGUAGUAUAGUUGUUUCCUUGUUUAAAAAAAAGUUCUGUAGUUAUGCAAAUUAUUGCUUCUUUGUUACCUAAAUUUAUCUGAUUUGGCUAGCUUAAAUGUAUUGAAAUGCAACGUAUGCACAACUUGCAAGAGGUAAUGUUCUCUAUCUGCAUUUCUUACUUUAAUAGAUAAAAUGAUAUGUUUAAUAACUACAGAAAAAAUAAUAAGGUCAAAAGGAGGGUGACCAAGAUUUGUUUUAACAUUAUGAAUCAAAUAGCUAUUCAAUCUCUCAGCUUUCACCUAAAUGAUGAUCUUGGUAAUCAUUGUUUGCCAUUGCACACAUGUAAUUAUAGUUCAGAGAUUUGUUUUAUAAAAUGGAAAUGGCCAGCCAGUGUUUUUGACCAUUGUGAGUACAGCAGUAAUAUUUUACAGGAAAAAAAAAUGUACUGGAUUUAUUUCCUGCCAUAGUGACCUCUCAGUUUGUGUUUAUAUCAGAAAAAAAGUAGCAAUUAUGGUAUAUUGGAAGCCCUGUGCAGUUAAAUAUGGUCAAUAUAAA